GGCAAGUCUCGUAUCCGCAUAAUAUACUUCUGACUAACAAACCUAGUACAUAACUAGUUGGAUAUCUUGGCAUCAUCCACUGCAAACAAAGAACCAAGAACAAUCACAACCCAAUCCCUAAAAAGGCCAAGAACAAUACCUCCUGCACCCCCGAUCAUGGCGUCGGCAACAAUAAAAGGAGCCUUUCGUGCCCUGCAUGCACGGUGACACCCUGCACCAUUGUCAGCCAACAAACCUACUACAACUCAAUUACAACCUCGAUAUUGUUCCCAUCCGGGCUUUACUCCGUUGAGAUGGAUAUAAAACGGUACUACAGCGCUCUUGAAACCCGUGUUGGCAAUUGGCUGCUUUUUGGGGGUCGCGCGCAUUUGGGUUACUAUCCCCGCGACACCUGGUGGCCGUUCCCUAUUGAUCAGUCACUCCUGGCUAUGGAGGAUCAGAUGGCCCAGUCGCUGCGUUUGGCUCCGGGGUCUUGCGUUCUUGAUGCUGGCUGUGGGGAUGGCCAGGUGGCGCUGCAUUUGGCGGAUCAAGGCGGCCUGCGCGUCCAUGCCAUCGACGUGUUGCCUCAGCAGGUCCAACGAGCGCGGCAGAAUGUCGCGGCGGCGACAUCGCGAGGACAUGCGAUCGCGCGAUCGAAACCCAAGGCGGAGGCGGCCGUGGGCGCGGUGACCGUGCACACAGACGACUACCACCAUCUUACCACGGUGACCGCCAACUCGAUGGACGGGAUCUACACGAUCGAAACGCUCGUGCACGCGUCGGACCUCCCGACCGUCCUGGGGGAGUUAUACCGCGUUUUGAAACCCGGGGGCCGGAUCGCCUUGUACGAAUACGACCACUGGCGGGAUCAAGGGGCGGCGUCGGUCGACGGCGCCGGAGACGAAUCCCCAGCUAUGGACGACAAAGUUCGUCGGUACGGCGCACUCGCGAGUGCGUCGUCUCCAGUUACCGGCAGAGAAGCUGGCAGCGGAGGGUGGGAUGGCCUGGCGCAGGCGGUGGCACAGGCGGGUUUCGUGGACGUGCAGGAGCGGGACAUUUCGGCGCACAUCCGGCCGCUGCUGCGGUGGCUGGUCUUCUUCCUGUCCCUUCCGUGCUUGAUCGUGGUGGCGUUGGGGGUGGAGUCGUAUUUCAUCAAUACGUGUGCGGUCGUGGUGAACUACCGCCGUGGGUGGAAGUAUGUGGCCGUGACGGCUCAGAAGCCGGAGGGGCAGAGCCCGAGAUGAUGCCGAUCGCUGUGGAUCCCACACUAACCACGGGAGGAAUGUGACGCGAUGGUCUCAUGGUGAAC